CCCCGACGCCCUCCCGUCGCCCCCCCCCCGACGCGCCCCCCGCCCGCCCGCUCCGUCCCCGCGCGCUGCCCAAGCCUGGCGGCGACUAAAAGCUCGGUCUCUCCUGUCCCCAUCCGCCGCCGCUGCAUCUGCCUGCCCGCUCGCCUUGUUGCCCCGACCGCCGGCUGCCCGUCACCCGACUCCUCUGACACCGGCGCGCCGCAGCUCGUCCGUCAUCCCCUCCGAGGCUCCGACGCCUCCUGCUCCGGAUAUGCUCUAAGUUCUGUAGAAGGGCGAGUUUCUAUGGAAUUCUUUGAUCUAUCUGAGUCUGCACAAUCUAAAAAUCGCCUCGACUCCACCCGCCGCUCUCACGACUCUACCCCUCCCAGGCUCGCACGACUUUCUCUUCUUCGCGCCGCCGCCACAAUCCACGCCAGCGUCUCCUGCGCGCCGCAUCUCACUGCGAAAGGGCAAGCUCCGCGAGGGGCCCGGGGGGAAGACGACCUGCAUCAAUCGGAUUGACAAUCUGUAAGGCUUUGAUGGUUGCUCAAUGAAAUGGCCUCCCGUCCAAAGCUGUCUGGUAUUCAGAAGCAGGUCUUGACGCUGUACAGGGGAUUCCUUCGGACAGCACGCCUAGAAGACCCAGAAGAGCGGCGCAGGAUCGAGUCUGUUGUCUCGGCAGAGUUCCGUGACAACGCAAGGAAUGUCGACCGUAGGAACUUUGUAUACAUAGAGUACUUGCUGAGGAGAGGGAAGAGACAGCUUGAGCAGCUCAAGAAUCCUGAUAUUACUGGACUUGCUACCCUUGAAGUAAAGAAAUGAGGAUAACACACACGCAUGCCUUUUUUUAUGGCUGUGACAAGAACCUGUGUUUUAAUUCUAUGCGUAAGUAUGUGACAGCUAUGUUCAUGCUUCUCUCUAGUCUGAAAUGGGUUAAGGCAAAAUUGGCUGCAGGACACUGUUAAAAGGUGUCUUUUGCCACAGACCACUAAGAAAGAGUGGCUUGCUAGUAGACACUACAAAACCAUGUGCAUUUGCUGGAAGACACGGCACCCAUUAUUUUAUUCAGUUUAAUUCUAGAGCUACAGGGAAAGACAACUUUGCACCUGCUCUCCUCUUUCGUAGUCCCGAUCUGUUUUCCCCCUCUCUCCUUGCCUUUCUCAUUCACAUUCCUCCCCCCUCAAAUCCGUGUCAAGUGGCAUGAUGUGUUGUGGCGGUCCAUUGUGAACGAGAUGCAGUGGUGGGCCCCGGCGGGAUCCGGUGGCUGAGGCAUUUGUAGCACUCGACGAAGGGUGCAUUGGAGCUCCGGGCUGGGUAGCGAGUGAUGGAGCUCCAGGCAGGGACGGCGGCGCGAAGGCCCACUCGCAGCAGUGGGCGUCGUGACUGCAUGUAGCAUGCCAAUGGAGCUCCUACUGGGCAGAGCAGCGAUGCUUGCAGUGGCGGGAUCUUGCCGAUGGUCCUGGUGAGAAGCAGUGGCCUCAUUUUUUUUUCUUUUUUUCCCUCCCCAUUGCUGGUGGUCGGCACAGCAACAUCUUGGGGAGCCCGCUGCUAAUCUGCGCUGUGCUGGUUCCCUGGCGGUGCUGCUGUGCUGCAGGGGAGGCUGCUACGACACGCUGCUGGCUGCUCCACCUGCUCACAAGAAUGGCGAUGAUCUGGAUUCAGUAAAAAAGUCAUGACAGGCGAUGC